CAACACACGUACGUCCAUAAGAACACACAUGGGAUCCAGGUGUAUAAAGCUAUCAAUGGCUCAUCACAUCGCCUCUGUCCUCACAACCCUGUCAAGUUCACCUGUCACACGUCACACAGCUUUUUAUCACGUGAUGUUGGUUCUUCUGAUACACAGCCUUCGUCAAGCUUCAGGAAUCCGAAUAAUCAACUGCAACAACAACAACAAGGUAGAAAUAUUUGAAGACUCACCUGCUCCAGUCACGUGUGGAGACAUCACCAGUACAGCCGAUGUUAUCUGGCGACGAGGAGAUGUCAACAUCGGAGAGUGUAAAGCUGACGGUAGCUGCACCACAGACUUAUACAACGACUACAGACUCAGCAGGUCAGCGCAGUCCACGGAGAGUCAGCUGACCCUUGUCCCUGAUUACCGACGUCACGCGGGGGUCACGGUCACGUGUCAGGGCAUAAGUAGUGUCCCCACAGCCUCCUGUACUCUCGUCAUCAGGCGUCACUCUGUGCUCAGUGAGUGUCACGUGACCACCAACCCUGUGGACUGGACUGUGUCAGGUUCAUGUCGUGUACAACAAGCUUUCUCCUCUGAUAACAUCUACACCUGUACAUGGACUAGGAACACAGGGCAGCCGACAUUUGGAGGGUUCGAUGCCAGUCGUGAGCUGUGUUCGUUCACACAAGCUCUGCCACAAGCCGGGGGACGGUACACCUACAGCAUUUCUGUGUCUCCUCCUGCUACUACAGCCUUUUCUCAGCAACUGACUAUAGUGGAACCCGGUGACGUAACAACCACGUGUCCACACUCGGUGGUGAGAGGAGGAGACCUGUCCUGUACAUGUCAGACGACAAACACCGCCAGUCCUCCAACCACAGUGAGAUGGGAGGGACGAGACAGUGAGAAGCUGGUGAAGACUAACGUACAGCGGGAGGACAACGGCACACAGUUCACGUGUCACGUGACAUGGGCUGGGCGUGUCUACACCUCCAUCACCUACACUCUGAUAGUUGGAGAUGUGGAGGGCCCCAGUGAUGUCGUCAUUAGCGAAACACAUCAUCCAGGUAACAACGGUUCAACCGUCGCGAUUUUAUCGUGUAACACAACAGGUGCUGUGUACCCAGGUGUGACUUUUACCUGGAGUGCAGGUGUUUGUCAAAAUGAAACACACUUUGCCAGGAGCAGCACUUGCACCGCUAGUCUGGACGCCGAGGAUGACGGGAAAGGUGUGACGUGCACGGCUAUAAAUAGCAUCGACAGCCGGAUAUCCGUCUCGACAUCCGUGACACUGCGGAUAAACGGGGCAGCAAACAUCAGCGUUGUCUUGACAUCCGACUCACUGUCAUCAGCCUCAACUGUCGUCGGACCGGUCGUCGGAGGUGCUGUCGCUGUGAUUGUAACUGCCGUCAUCGCCAUUUUGCUCGUUAUUAUCAUCAGGAGAAAAAGACGCAAAUUCAAGAAAGCGCCAGAAAAGACAACAAAGAGCCAUCCGCGCCAGGGUUCUGUUUUCACAGACGUUCACACGGAUGACAGUCACCCUGCUAACGACCACAGCUACACCAACCUCUGUAUCACAGAAGUCAGCCCCACUGCACAGCCUCAAGGUGUGGGUGAAGGAAAAGAUCAGACAGACAUGUAUGAGAACACACAGACACUGCCAGACCGGACAUACGACACAACCUGCAGGCCGUGUGAAGAACACAAAUACUCUGACCUCAAGGGGAUUACGAAGGUUCACAGUAAGGUCAAGGUUACAGCCCGAGGUGAGCAAAUAAAUGUGAAGAAACAAGUGUGCAGCAUGGAUGUAUCUGUCCUUUCCAUAAAAGAAACACAAAUAAUGCUUCUUUGUAAUACUAUGAAAAGACGAAGUUAUAGAUAAGUGAUUUCAAAGAAGCACAACUACAUAAAAAGUGCAACAAUCUUACAAACCAUCUUCUGAUUUUUCUAAUUUUUUGUGCUAUUUUUCAGACCCACGUGACACCGAGGGAAGGGAGAAAGACGUGUACCAUAAUGUUUAGUAAUGCAACGACCUUCCAGCAUAAACAAAAAUGUACUCAACAGAUUGUUUUCGUGUUUGUAUAUUUUUUCCUUUUUCUUUUAUAUACUGAACAUAAAAACUGUGUUUAAAGUGAA